CAAACUGAGUCAUAGCACACAUUUUAGGACAUAGAUUUAUAGGUGUCAGAAAAUCUUGUAUUCACACAAUCGACACAUAAAACAUCGUUUGAUUAAUAUCAAACAUUCUAUAUAUUAUACCUGAUUCAGUAAGUUAUGUAUAUUUUAUCAUAUAAAACACCUGAUUCAGAUCAGUGAUCGAGAUUGUCAACUACCAAAAUGGAUUAAUGUCUAUAUAAUCCAUUUUUCACUAUAUAUUGAUACAUGAAGCAUAUUUAACAUCAACCUUAGAAAGCAAACCCACAUAAAACAAGAAGCCAGUGGUAGCUAACUUUAGCAAACCUAGCUAUUAGCAAUGUUGAAGAGCCACAAAGAUUGGCCAGAGCCCAUAAUCCGAGUUCAAUCAUUGUCUGAAGGAUGUAAAGAUUCAAUCCCUGAUAGGUAUAUCAAGCCUCCAACUGAUAGGCCAAUUGUAGACACUUCUUCUUAUGAUGAUAUCAAUAUUCCAAUCAUAGACCUUGGAGGGUUAAAUGGUGAUGACCUUGAUGUUCAUGCUUCAAUCCUUAAGCAAAUUUCUGAUGCUUGUCGUGAUUGGGGUUUCUUCCAAAUUGUAAACCAUGGAGUGAGUCCUGAUUUGAUGGACAAAGCUAGGGAAACUUGGCGUCAAUUCUUUCACUUGCCUAUGGAGGCUAAGCAACAAUAUGCAAACUCUCCAACAACUUAUGAAGGGUAUGGAAGUAGACUUGGUGUUGAGAAAGGGGCUAUUCUUGAUUGGAGUGAUUACUACUUUUUGCACUACCUUCCUGUUUCAGUCAAGGACUGCAACAAAUGGCCUGCUUCUCCACAAUCUUGCAGGGAAGUGUUUGAUGAGUAUGGGAAAGAGCUAGUGAAACUAAGUGGAAGAUUAAUGAAGGCUUUGUCAUUAAACCUUGGAUUAGAAGAAAAAAUUCUUCAAAAUGCAUUUGGGGGUGAAGAGAUAGGAGCAUGCAUGAGAGUGAAUUUUUAUCCAAAGUGUCCAAGGCCAGAAUUGACAUUAGGUCUAUCAUCACACUCAGACCCAGGAGGUAUGACUAUGUUGCUUCCAGAUGACCAAGUGGCUGGUCUUCAAGUUCGAAAAUUUGAUAAUUGGAUUACGGUCAACCCUGCUAGACAUGGCUUCAUAGUCAACAUUGGUGACCAAAUACAGGUUCUAAGCAAUGCAACAUACAAGAGUGUGGAGCACAGAGUGAUAGUGAAUUCAGAUCAAGAGAGACUUUCUCUUGCAUUUUUCUAUAACCCAAGAAGUGAUAUACCCAUUGAGCCAUUAAAACAGCUUAUCACACCUGAAAGACCUGCACUCUACCCAGCAAUGACCUUUGAUGAGUACAGACUCUUCAUUAGAAUGAGGGGACCUUGUGGCAAAUCUCAAGUUGAAUCUAUGAAGUCUUCAAAAUAAUAUUCAUCAUGCUCUAGGGUCAUUCUAUAUUAUAUAUAUCUAUCUAUAUUCAUAAAAUUGCACAUUAAUUAUGAGCCAUAGAGUAAAAAAUAAAUAUUUAUUGAUAUAUACUGGGAAAAGUUGUUUUCUUUUUAGGUUUGAAAUUAAUAAUGUUGAAUGGAUCCCACAAAGAUUCUUCAUUUUCUAGCUAGGUGAGUAUUAUAUUUUGUCAUUGUCUCCCACUUCCCAACAGAGGAUUUGUGGUGAUGAUGAAAUACACCAUAAGUUUUCAUUGUAUUGUACUACAAAACUAAUUAUUGAAUUUCACUCUUUUCCUUUCCCACUUGUUUA